CCGUACCAAACCCUACCUCAUGUUCUUCUUCGGACCGCCGCUUCUCCUCCCUCAGCCUCUUCUGUCUCCCAAACGCUGACUCAUUUUCUUCCCUCUAUUUCUCUUUCUACUCUUCGAUCGGACCACAAAGACAACAGUUGGAUGCUGUAAGGAAACAAAAUGGAUGCCGACGAGAGAAGGAGUCGGAUAAUGGCGUCUGAGUCCACCUCCAACAAUACCGAAAUUACUUGCAUUUUCAGCUCAAGCUCCGACGAGCACCGAUGGGUCAUUCAAAUGGGGAAGAACUUCGAGAUAAUUGACAUUGACAAAACACCUUGCAUCUCUAUAGUGCCCGAAACUUUACGAGCCGAGAAGCCGGAAGCUUAUGCCCCGAAGCGAAUAGGCCUCGGACCAUAUCACCAUUUUCGGCCCGACCUCUAUGAUCAUAUGGAGAGGAAGAAGCUAACUAUAAUGAAAAGUGCUGUAAAACCGGACGAGAAUGGCAAAUUCCCACAAACCAUGAUCAAUAAACUGAAGGAGCUUGAGCCCAAACUCCGGCCAUGCUACGACAAGCUCUUGGAUCUAGAUGGCGAAACAUUAGCAUGGAUAUGGGCAAUUGAUGGUUUCUACCUGUAUCAAAACUUAUGUAAGAAUUUUUUGGAACAGGAGAUAUUUAUGUUGGAGAACCAAAUUCCUUAUCUUGUGUUAGAAGAAAUCGAUCAUAAUAUUGACCACAAAUUGUCAGAUCAAGUAUUACGUGAUUUCUGUGAGGUACACUCACCGUUAAAAUGGACACAAAAGCAUCGGAAUCGUCAGUGUAAAGAACACGAACCUGCUCACCUGCUGGAUUUUUUGUACCACUUAGUUGUAACCGACGGGCAUAUCAGGCUGAAAGUGCGAAGCAAUGCUCGAAUGUUAGCAGCAACAACAGUGAUUGAAAACACCGCAACUUCUAUUUUAGAAGAACUACGGAAACUUAGCGAUCUCAUAAAAAAACUGCAUUUGGAUAAGAUUUGUGCUCCAUUGUUCAAAAAACCUAAUACAGCACUCGAGAUUGAAAUUCCUUCGGUGUCGAGCCUUAAAAUUGCUGGAGUGAAAUUCGCCAUCGCGGAAAGGGGAAUCAGUGUCCUUGAAUUCGACAACACAACAAGCACUUUGAAACUCCCUGUAAUUACUCUGAAUGAAAAUUCAGAAGUUGUAUUAAGGAACUUGUUGGCUUAUGAAGCUUUGUCCAUGCCAGUGCCAGCCGAGUCUACCGACUCUACCCCCACCCGUAAGCUUGCAGAAUACAUCGAUUUGAUGUGUGGAAUUAUAGAUACAGCAGAGGACGUGAAGAUCCUCCAGAAACAGAACAUCAUCGUCAUCGAAGGCAAUCUUUCUCACGGUCAAAUUGUAGAUAUUUUCAAUGGGAUAACAAAAUCCACUGACAUGGAUAAACAGUUUAAAGUUGUUGAGAAAGUUAACAAGCAUUACGACAGUAUGCCAAUAGUGAAGGCAGGAAGAUUCAUCAAGAAAUGUUUGGAUUCGUCCUGGAAUUUUGUGAAAACGUCAUGGAAGGUCUUGUGCUUCUUUUAUUCCCUCAUUCUAAUCUCAGUGCUGAUCUUGCAAGGCUUCUGCGACAUCUAUGGAUGCCGCCAGGGACAAAGCCAAAAUUUUAUCUUCAGAGCAGCCGAAUAGUGGUAUAGUCGAAAUAUUUUGUUCAACUGAGGGAUUCAAUUACCACAAAGUGCAAAAUUAAGCUUGGCUUUGCAAUGUUGAUGUUUGUGUUGUGUUAUGCUGUAUUUGAUGUUUUCCUUGUUUGGCUCUUUUUUUUUUUUUGUUGCCUCUCCGGAACUUCGUGGAUAACGUAGUACUCCAAUAAAAGACGGCCGGCCUAACUCAAUGAUCUGGCUUUAUAAUUUUGU